UAGCAUGCCUUUCGCCCCCCUGCUUGUUCCAAAAAUAUCUCCCAUGCACUUUGAGGCGUUUUAAUUUUAGACUACACAUGAAGAGCAAAGCAACUUUAGCUGCAGUUAGGGGCUUGCCAGUUUGCUCUGUCUGGUGUCGCUGUUCUGACAUUCGUUUUGCCUCCUUUGAUCAAAUUUGAUUUGAGAGCACAAUAAUGUCCAACAAUCGAGAUACAGAGGAUCUCAAUGAGGAGGACAUUGAUGAGGAUGAACUCCUGGCUAUGCUUUCACCCGAGGAGCUUCAAGAGCUCCAGAGUGAAAUGGAUGUUAUCAUUGCGCCAGAUGAGAGCGUUCCAGUUGGACAGAGGCAGAAGGACCAGACGGAAAAGCCUCCGACUGGAAGUUUUGACCACAGGUCGUUGGUUGGCUACCUUUACUUGGAAAAAGAGUCCACACGUAUGCUUGAGGAAGAAAGAGUGCCUGCUACUCUGCUGCCCAGUGAGAGAACUUUGGAGAAGGAGGCAGAAGAGAAAGAAAAAGGAAACAUUGUGGAAGACGGGCCCGAUGAAGUGAUUGAGAAGGUAAUUGAGGAGAAAGUCGUAGAUGGUACUGGAGGAGUAGAAAUAAUAAAAGAAGUGUUUGAGGAAACUGUUGAAAAGUUCAAAGAGAGCAAUGAAACAGACACAGAGAUCCAUAAGAAAGACGAUGAAGUAGAGUUAAAGCCAGCUGUGAACGAGAAUAAACAUGAAAGUACGGAACCGCGGGCUGACAGGGACACAGAAAAGGAAACAGAAAGCCACAAAGAUGCAACAACAGAAGUUAAAGAGGGAUGUAAAACGACAGACACUUUGUCUCCCAUCAAGCUCCGAGAUGAUGCAAAGACGAAUGAAUCCAUGGAUAAACCCCAGCAGAAAGAAGAGAAAAAAAUUAAUAAAUUGAAAAUUUCCAACCUGGCACUGAACAAUAUCAAAAUGACGUCACGGCCUUCCGGAAAUGAGACAAACUUGGAGUCGACGCUUGACAAGAUCCGCAACAACAACCCAUCUGUCACAGAGGUGAACCUCAACAACAUAGAAAACAUUCCCAAAGAGAUGCUCCUGGACUAUGUCAACGCCUUGAAGAAGAACAAAUAUGUGAAAACUUUCAGCAUCGCAAACACUGGUGUCGAUGAAAACAUUGCGUACAACCUGGCCAACAUGCUCCGCGAGAACCGCAGCAUCACCACUCUGAACAUGGAGUCCAACUUCAUAACAGGAAAGGGAAUUGUGGCCAUCAUACGUUGCCUCCAAUUUAAUGAGACUCUCACUGAACUAAGAUUUCACAACCAAAGGCACAUGCUGGGUCACCAUGCCGAGAUGGAGAUCUCACGUCUGCUCAAGGCCAACAACACCCUCCUGAAGAUGGGGUACCAUUUUGAACUGCCAGGGCCAAGGAUGGUGGUGACUAAUCUCUUGACCAGAAACUUGGACCGCCAAAGGCAGUUGAGAAAGGAGGAUCAGAAGCAACAGCAACUUAAAGAGCAGAGGGACGUCAUGAAGAUGUAUGAGAGUAGUCUAAACCUGCCUCCAGGUUUACUGGAGAUGCUUGGGUAUAUACCACCCCUAGAACUCUUGCAGAACCAUGGGUUUGUCACAACACCAACACCAACAACAACACCAACACCAAAACCAACACCAAAACCAACACCAAAACCAACACCAAAACCAAAAGAACUGAACACCAUCCCUCCUGUGGAAGAAGAGCCGGAGCCCAAGAAGCAGCUCAAACGCAACAGCAUUCCCAAACAAUCUAGUGCUGAACCCCAAAACCCACUGAGGGAUGUCCAGCUAAAAAGAACUCCCAAGAAACGCAACCAUUUUCUAGAGUUAGAUCGAAGGGAUGCCAGCAAAUCAGAUAGAGAAAGUUUCCAACUGAGGAAGACUCCCAAAGUAAAGAACGCAGGCACCCAAGGGAUGUCGGAUGAAAAAGCAAACCUGAGCGAUGUGAUAAAGACGUUGAAACCAGUUUCCCGCAGACGAGUGCCUCCAAAGGUUGAUGAAACCCCACGUGAUGCACUGCUCAAUGAGAUCAAGAAGAGUAACGUGGCUUGUCUUAAAUCUGUGAGUAUACAACUGUGCUUGGUAAUUAAUGGUCCAAAUAAGUCUAGAUCAGGGGUCAUCAACAUUUUCCAGACCAAUCGGCCUCAAACUGAUGGAAAGAUACAGCGGGGACCUUACCUUAACUAUGUAUCUUGUGGAGUGGGUGGUACCCGUGGAAUUGGGUGGGGCGUCCUGGGGCGGGCCCCGCCAUGCUCCCCUAAUGGGGCGGUCUUCCCGUCCGGCAGCAGGGAGUCUCUGGGCCCCUCUGGGCAGGGCGUCACGUCUUUCUGCCUGCGUGGGGUGUGUGUCUCUCGCUGGCUUGGAAGCUGGCUGUCACCUGCUUCUCCCCUGUGGCUGGGCACGUCUGUCUACGGCCUGGUGUUGGCCCUGCCAGGCGGCACGUUUAAGUGA